AUGAAUCACUUCCUGAUACUAUUUGGCGGAAGAGAAAGCGGACCAGUUCCUGUGAUCGUAUUCAUCCACGGAGAAUCCUACGAAUGGAAUGCUGGGAACCCUUACGAUGGAAGCGUUCUGGCCAGCUAUGGGAAAGUUGUUGUGGUCACUGUCAAUUUCCGUCUUGGAGUCUUGGGUUUCUUGCCCUUGAUGGAAGGCUCCGCUCGUGGUAACUAUGGGCUAACCGAUCAAGUAGCUGCAUUACAUUGGAUUCAAGAGAACAUAGCUGAAUUUGGAGGGGAUCCGAAAAACGUCACUCUUUUAGGACAUGGUCAUGGCGCUGCUUGUGUCAAUUUUCUUGUGCUGUCUCCAAUGGCGAAAGGCCUCUUUCAUCGAGCCAUCAUGAUGAGCGGAUCGGCCUUAAGCCCUUGGGCAAUAGCGCGUGACGCAAAUUUCUAUGCGCGCCAAAUUGCAAGAACCCUUGGUUGCCCAACAGCCAAACCUGCAGCUCUCCUCGAAUGUCUGCGUCAGAGAUCUGCCACAGAUAUUUUAAGGGUCCAAGUCACCGUUCCUAUGUUUCUGACAGCAUUUGGUCCAACCAUUGAUGGCAUCGUAGUUCAAAGUGAGCCCGUUUCGAUGAUGGAGGAACUAGCCGAUGAGCAGCAAUUCGGGUUGUUCGAUUUGAUGUUCGGUGUCACCAAAGUCGAAUCUUACUAUCACAUAUCGGAAAAGGAAGAAAAAGUCGGUAUUGAUAUACAGCGCAGAGACAAACUUUUAAGAACUCUAGUUAGAAAUAUCUUUAAUUAUCAUCUCCAAGAGAUAUUUCUUACUAUAGUCAACGAGUACACAGACUGGACUAAAGCAGUCCAACAUGAUAUUAAUGUGCUAGAUGGUACUUUAGACGCAUUAGGUGAUGCUCUUGUCGUGGCUCCUAUUAUAAAAUCUGCUAAUUAUCAUUCAAUGAGUCCACGCAAAGCAUAUUUUUAUGUUUUUAAUUAUCAAGCUGAGGAUGGUAAGUAUCCCCAAAGGCAAGGAUGUUUACCAGGAGAAGAACUCCAAUUUAUUUUUGGAGCUCCUCUAAUAAGUAGUCUAGGACAUUUCUCUAAAAAUUAUACUCAAAGUGAAGUACUAUUAUCUGAAGCAGUGAUGACAUAUUGGGUGAACUUCGCCAGAAAUGGCGAUCCUAAUGGUGCACCGCAACCGGAGAGAAGUGUUCAAGAGAAAUCGAAAGGGAGAUUUGACAGGACGUUAUGGCCAGAAUAUGAAAGCGUCCAUCAAAGGUACAUGAUGCUAGGAAUCAAGCCGAAAGUACGUGACCAUUACCAUGCUCACCGAUUAUCAUUUUGGUUGCAUUUGUUCCCCCAACUGCACACGACUAGUUCUGUCAACGUAGCUCCAGAGCAUCAUUUGCUAGAUGAUCAUGACAAUCUCCAGUCAUAUGACGGCGCUGUUCGUCAAGUUCCAUUUUCUUUACAAAGAACUCCUGGUGACACUGCCACAGUGGCAUCUCCUAUAGCAUCCACUACACCGUGGAGUGGGGCUGGAGGAAAACUAAGUAUUAUUUUAAGUACUAUUAACCCUAGUUUUCCAUCUUCAACCGAAGUAGUAACUUUUUCCCCUACAACUGCAAACAUGACGGACUCAUUGGCUGUGGUGAUGACUAAUGAACAGUUCAGUGCGGCGUUGAGUGUCACAAUAGCUGUAGGAGCCUCCCUUUUAGUUUUAAAUAUAUUAAUUUUUGUUGGAAUUUACUAUCAGAGAGAUCGAAGUCGAGCAGAAGACAUGCAAAAGAGAAUGUUUGCGCAAAAAAAUGUAGAUGCUCAGGUUCACUCACAAGUCGCUCAUGUCAAGUCUGUAUCUCUCAGAGCACCUCCCCCAUCACCAGUGUGCACCACAAUGCAGCAGCAGGAACUGACUCUUCAUCCUCCACCUCAGCACCACCAUCAUUCCCACAAAGCCCCACCAAAGCCAUGUGUGGUGCCCACCCCACCGCAGCUUCAACAAAGGGAGAGCUUAGUCGAUGCACAGCCCUUACUCAACCAAGUAGGUGGCAGUGCUGCGGCCAAUAAAACGCCAGUUCAUCAGUAUUCACAGAAUGCCCAAGUUCAUUAUCCUCAUAAUCAUCAAGAGAUCAAUUUGUAA